CAUAGCGGAAAUAAGAGAAAUUCCAAGAUGGAGGACUCCAACUUACCUCUAUCCGUUUCUAUUUAUAAAUUGGAGGACUACAUUAACUGUUCUAUAUGUAUGAAUCAGUUAAUCAGUACCACCAUGACGUCAUGUGGACAUAGGUAUUGUCAAAGGUGUAUAAAAGAGUGGGUGGACAGGAAGCACACUUGUCCCUGCUGUAAUGCUCACCUGGAUCAGAAUUCACUUCUAAAGGAUCACCAAUAUGACAGUCUUAUAGCUACCAUUAAUGCAGAAAAAGAAAGAGAAGAAGAGAAAUAUUUUGAGACAUUGAUAAACUCAGUCAGUCAUGAUGAAACACCCAAUAUUCAACUUUCACCUGUGGAGAAAGUUCUACAGAAUCACCUGAAAAGAAGCUUAGCAGCACAUGAAAAAUACUUACAGAAUAUAAGGGACCAGUUUCACAAGAAGAUGGCUACUCUGGACAAGGAGUAUACUAAAGCUAUCACAGAUUUACAGACACACAACCUUUCUCAGGAAGAACUGACCCAGCAAACUACAGAUCUGAAUGGCAGCCUCUCUAGACAAAAAGAUUCCCUUCAAGAAGAGCUUAAUACAUGUACAAAGCUUAUUGCAGAUGCAUUUGACAAACAUUUAGAGAGUCACAUUCCACGCCUGGAUGUUCUGCCAGUUAAGGUUUCUAUCAACGUCUUAGACAAAAAUAUCCAUCUGUCUGACAUGGUCAUAGCGCCAGCUGACGUAGCUGUAUCUAGAGUUAAGCUAGCUGUAGAAGAAGCCAUGAAAGCUAAGGGUAACCCUGUGGUGGCGUGAGGUGAGGACAUUCAGUUUGUACUGUUUGGUCCUUUCGUGAAGUGCAGUCCUUGUGAGAUGCAGCAAAUGAUCCAGGAGAUUUUAUAUAAUGGACAGGAGUACCCAGACAUCCACGUCUUAGCUCCAGACUGUAGGCCAGUCCUGCAACUUGGAAUGAAACCUAACAGUGAGUUGGUGAUUUACGGCACACUGAGAUGUGAGAGUGACCUCCCUAAGCGUUGCUUUGUUCAAACCUUCAAAAAGAACGAGGGUCAAACGAUGGAUUACUUCCAGUGUAAACAAUGCUCAUUUAAAUGGAUUUGUAGGUCCUGUAUGGAAGUCUGUCACAAAGGACAUGACAUAGUUCCGUAUAUCAUGAACCAUGUUCCAGAGUGGGCCUGCUGUUAUUGCCCCAGGAAGAAGAAAUGUGUACUGUAGGAGGAAUUUAUCAGCAAUCAUUCUAAACAGAAUUCCUAUUCCUCUUUUAUAAAGAGAUAUUUCUUUGCUCUAUAUAAACUCAGAAUUUUUUGAAAUUCUGAGAGAACUUACUGCAUGACUGUGAUAUUAUAAGUAGACAUACACUAUCUAGAGAGUUUGUUAGAGAAUCAAAUCCAUUAAUAAAUUGUUGUCAUCACAGUA